AUGGUCAAGCCCCCCGCACGCGGUACCUACGGUACCCUGACGUCCAACAAGUGCGCCAAGGUUUGUCCGAAGCCCAAGUACUCCCCCGACGACAUCCGGAUCCUCGUACGUGAUGUUCCCAUGGACCAGCGAUCGACCACGAGAGACAUCUCCGCUGCCAUUGGUCUCUCCAUGGGUGUACCUGGUUCCCGGCGAGACCCCUCCGCAGCGGACGUUGAGGAGCAAGCGCAUUAUCCCGAAGGUGAUGACCACCACGACCACGGGGUGUUGUUUGAUGGCAAAGUGGGCGUGUGGCCAUUCGUGGAGUCCGUCCCCGCUGUUCGCAACUCACGCAACCGUCCCACCGGUACCAUGGCCACGUCCUUGGUCAACGUGAAUGCAACUGUGUACCGAGACUACGUCAUCAACAAGGUCAUACCUGCAAUCAAGGCUUCUGAUGCAGAAUGUGUCUUGCCCUGUGUCCCUUCUUUUGUAGGCUAG